GAAUGACACAGUCAUGUUUGUUUACAAUUUUUUUCAACGGCGCUUUGACAUGACGCGCUACAAGCAGACAGAAUUCUCGGAGGAAGAUAGCAGUUCCAUGGGUGGUGUACAAUUGAAUGAGCCCAGCAUUAGUACUGGAAUGCAGAUACGUUAUCAUACCGCUCGGGCAACAUUAAAUUGGCGUUCAAGGAACCGUGUAGAGAAAUGGCUUAUGGCAACGACAUUAGUUCUAUCCUUCAUAAUAAUAACCUUGCUUAUAGUGAUCUUUCAGCGGGAGGCGGAGAAUACCACAAGAAUUUUACAUGUGGAACCACAUAAAGGUACGAAAACGUCAGCUUUUUUUCUCAAAAAACAUUUUAAUGCCUUACCUCUCAUUACAGAUCCUGAGAUGCCAUGUCUGAAUGAGCAUUGUAUAUUUGCCUCGAAUGAUAUUUUAAACUCCAUAGAUCGCACCGUGAAUCCUUGUGAAGACUUCUAUGGUUAUGCUUGCAAUCAAUGGGUUAAAAAUAAUCCCAUACCGGAUGGCAAAAGUUCCUGGGGUACCUUUAGUAAUAUAGAACAACGUAAUCAAUUGAUAAUCAAAAAUAUUUUGGAGCGACCCAUGAAAUCGUUUACCUCCGAGGCUGAGAAAAAGGCCAAGAUCUAUUAUGAAUCCUGUUUGGAUCGCAAUGAUGAGUUGGAGAAGUUGGGCGCCAAACCGAUGGUUUCAUUUCUGUGGAAAAUUGGUGGUUGGAAUGUUUCACAUACUGGCUUCAACAUGGGCCAAUGGACACUGGCCAACACCUUGAAAAUAUUGCAAAAUAGAUACAACAUCAAUUGCCUUUUUGGCUGGGCCAUUGGUGAAGAUGAUAAAAAUUCCACACGCCACAUUAUACAAAUUGAUCAGGGUGGCCUGACGCUGCCUACACCAGAAUACUAUGAAAAUCGCACAGAAAUUCAUCGCAAAGUACUCAAGGAGUACAUAGAGUAUAUGACCAAAGUUUGUGUUCUAUUGGGCGCCAAUGAGACCGAUGCCCGACGACAAAUGAAAGAGGUUAUGGAUUUUGAAACAAAAAUUGCAAACAUUACCAUACCAUUGGAGGAGAGACGCAAUGAGGAGGCCAUGUAUCAUCCCAUGAAGUUGUCGGAAUUGGAUAAGUUGGCACCAUUUAUAAACUGGACAGAACAUUUAGAUCAUGCCAUGCAAUUGGUGGGUAGACGUGUCACUCAGCGAGAGGUGGUUGUGGUCUAUGCUCCAGAAUUUUUAAAGAAACUUGCAGUUAUAAUUGCUGAGAUGGAGAAAACUGUGGAGGGGAAAAACACCCUUAACAACUACCUCGUUUGGCAGGCUGUACGAGUCCUUACCCCCUGUCUAUCAAGAUCUUUCCGCGAUGCUUAUAAAGGUGUUCGCAAAGCAUUAAUGGGUUCCGAUGGCGGUGAGGAAGUUUGGCGUUUCUGUGUUGCCGAUACGGGCAAUGUUGUCGGCUUUGCUGUGGGUGCGAUCUUUGUAAGACAAGCCUUCCACGGAGAUUCCAAACCGGAAGCAGAACAAAUGAUUAAUGAAAUCCGCGAAGCCUUUAAAGUUAGCAUACAAAAUCUUUCGUGGAUGGAUAAUCGAACCCGAGCAAGAGCUAUUGAAAAGGCGGAUGCCAUAUCGGAUAUGAUUGGUUUCCCCGACUAUAUACUCAAUCAAGCGGAGCUGGAUAAAAAAUAUGCCGAUCUCAAUGUUACCGCAAAUGCCUAUUUUGAGAAUAAUAUACAAUCGAAUAUUUUCAAUCUAAAGAAAAAUCUCGAGAAAUUGGAUCAACCGGUGAACAAAACCAAUUGGGGUAUGGUUCCGCAUAUGGUCAAUGCCUACUACACACCAUCGAAGAAUCAAAUUGUAUUUCCUGCCGGUAUCCUACAAUCUCCGUUCUUCGAUCGGCAUCAUCCGAAAAGUUUAAAUUUUGGUGCCAUGGGUGUGGUAAUGGGCCACGAACUUACCCACGCCUUUGAUGAUCAGGGUCGUGAAUUUGAUAAAUAUGGCAACAUCAAUCGUUGGUGGGAUAAUAAAAGUAUCGAUCGAUUCAAUGAGAAAACCGAAUGCAUUGAAAAGCAGUAUGGUUCAUAUGCCAUAUCCGGUCGCCAUUUGAAUGGUAAACAAACAUUGGGUGAGAAUAUUGCCGAUAAUGGUGGCUUGAAGGCGGCAUAUCAUGCGUUCCUCAAGACGUCGAUGGAUAAGGAGGCGGACGUUUUAAAACUGCCGGGAUUGAAUUUGACACAUAAGCAGCUAUUUUUUGUUUCAUUUGCAAGGGUAUGGUGUUCCUCAGAUACUGAAGAAACAAUUAUGCUUCAGUUAGAAAAAGAUACACAUUCACCGUCACGACUGCGAGUCAUCGGGACACUAUCAAAUAUGCCGGAAUUUGCCGAAGUGUUUCAGUGUAAGCCCGGCUCAAAAAUGAAUCCUGAAAAGAAAUGUGCCGUAUGGUAAAGUUAAGC